GCGUGGUCCUUGCUUGAGUUUUGGGCUGGGCACGUUGGACUUGGCAGAGAUGGACAACAAGAUGAAUAGUUUUGACAUGGAGACCCUGUCGACGCUGGACUACCCUUAUCUCCCUUCUCUAGAGUACAGCCACAACAGUUCCCAUCACCACAGCUCAGACAGAAGCCACUCAUUCAACCACAGCUCAGACAGAAGCCACUCAUUCAACCACAGCCCAGACAGAAGCCACUCAUUCAACCACAGCCCAGACAGAAGCCACUCAUGCAACCACAGCCCAGACAGAAGCCACUCAUUCAACCACAGCUCAGACAGAAGCCACUCAUGCAACCACAGCUCAGACAGAAGCCACUCAUUCAACCACAGCUCAGACAGAAGCCACUCAUUCAACCACAGCUCAGACAGAAGCCACUCAUGCAACCACAGCUCAGACAGAAGCCACUCAUGCAACCACAGCUCAGACAGAAGCCACUCAUUCAACCACAACAGAAGCCACUCAUUCAACCACAGCCCAGACAGAAGCCACUCAUUCAAUCACAGCCCAGACAGAAGCCACUCAUUCAACCACAGCCCAGACAGAAGCCACUCAUUCAACCACAGCCCAGACAGAAGCCACUCAUUCAACCACAGGUCAGACAGAAGCCACUCAUUUAACCACAGCCCAGACAGAAGCCACUCAUUUAACCACAGCCCAGACAGAAGCCAAUCAUUUAACCACAGCCCAAACAGAAGCCAAUCAUUUAACCACAGCCCAAACAGAAGCCAAUCAUUUAACCACAGCCCAGACAGAAGUCACUCAAUCAACCACAGCCCAGACAGAAGCCACUCAUACAACUACACAUACAGCGUGUAUCAACACGCCAGCUCUCCGCUCAAUAUUGACUGUAGAGUGUGUGGGGACACGGCUUCAGGCUUCCACUAUGGCGUCCAUGCCUGUGAGGGUUGCAAGGGAUUCUUCCGCAGAACCGUGCGGUUAAAACUGGUGUAUGACCACUGUGAGCUGCACUGUCGGAUUCACAAAAAGAGCCGGAAUAAGUGCCAGUACUGUCGCUUUCAGAAAUGUCUGCUUGUGGGCAUGUCACACGAUGCCAUCCGCUUCGGCCGGAUGCCCCAGGUGGAGAGAGAGAAGCUGCAGGCUGAGUUUAUGGAUGUGCACCCCAGGAACCCAGAGUCAGCGGACCUGAGAGCCCUGUCCAGACAGCUGUGCUUGUCCUACCACAGACACUUUCCCCUGACCAAGAGCAAGGCCAAGGCCAUCCUCUCUGGAAAGACACACGGAAACUCACCGUUUGUCAUCCAUGACAUGAAGUCUCUGACGGCGGGUCAGUACUUUAUAAACUGUAGACAGCUCCCAGUACUGGAGUGCCAGAGGUCCGUCCUGCCCCCUGAGGAGCCUGCUGGGGAGCUGGAGCUCUCCGUCUUCCGCCGCAUCCAGAUCCGCUCCGCCGAGGCCGUACAAGAGGUCACAGAGUUCUCCAAGAGCAUCCCUGGGUUCACAGAGCUGGACAUGAACGACCAGGUGAUCCUGCUGAAGUACGGGGUCAUCGAGGUCAUGACGACCAUGCUGGCGCCACUCAUGAACAAGGACGGCACACUGUUUGCCUAUGGACAGAUCUUCAUGACCCGAGAGUUCCUCAAGAGCCUGAGGAAGCCCUUCUGUGAGAUGAUGGAGCCCAAGUUUGAGUUUGCGGUAAAGUUCAACGUGCUGGAGCUGGACGAUAGUGAUAUGGCGCUCUUCUUCGCCGUCAUCAUCCUCAGUGGAGACCGUCCAGGCCUGGUGAACGUGAAGCCCAUUGAGGACCUCCAGGAGACAGUGCUGCAGGCCCUGGAGCUGCAGUUGAAGACCAUCCACCCAGACUGCCCCCAGCUGUUCGCCAAGCUACUGCAGAAGAUGACCGACCUGCGGCAGCUGGUGGCCAACCACGUCCGCCUCAUCCACCUGCUCAAGAAGCAGGAGCUGGAGGUGUGUCUGCAUCCCCUACUGCAGGAGAUCAUGAGAGACCUGUACUAAAGUGGAGGGGGACUCAGUUUAACAGCUAUAAGGAAAAGAAGACUGCUCACUGUGAUAUAUACAGUAGUACAGUAUUAUCCCAAUUGUGAUUACUGUAACAAUGUGUAGACCCUUAUAGAUCUUUAACUAGCCUGGUCCUAGACCUGUUUGUGCUUCGUCAACUCCUCUGUGGCUUGUACGUCGUAACAACAAUGGUCACUGAGACCAGGCUAUUCUUCAUCAGGUUCUCAAGGAAACCGAAUGUCUGACUUCAGAAGUGACCUCCGUGACAAAGACACGUUCUGCCGCUCCGCUGAACCCUGUUUGAUAUUGAGUAAGGGGAAAGAUUGGUUUCUUGGAAGGGCCUUUGAACUGUACUACAUUGUGAAUGAUUCAUUACAGAGCUUCUCACCGUCUCGUUGUUGUUGCAGCUAUUCAGUCUUCUGCUGUGCUUUUUAAUUAAAGGGCUGAAAGGAGAAGUA